GCUUGAAGCUGUCACUGAAGGACACGAGUUGUCAUUGCAGUGUACGACUGAGCUCUCGAGUCUCGAUCUGUGGUUUACUGAAGUUGAAUGGCAACUGGAAACGCGCAAACAUUCGGCAAACCAACAACUCGCGUCUUGCCACAGGCUUGGUCUGACUAGGUCGUAUUUUACAACGUAACUGCCAGCAAACGCUCUACUAUUCAGAUGUUUGGAUCAUGCAGUUCAGCAGUUCGCAGUAGCCAACGAUUUAGACGUUUUACUCCAGCCAACCUGACGCAACGGACGUAUGCCUCAGAGCGUACUCUGCGCAAUAGACUACCAGGCGUACCACAGGCAAAAAAGGACGAUGAUGGCGACUUCCGUCCACCAUGGGUAUAUAGUACAAGUCGUAUCCUCACUUACACACUGAUACCAACUGCAUUUCUUUAUUGCAUAUUCAUUGCAGACUGGGGAGAGCGGGAGCACGUAUUCAUGCCACCGCGACGUUGGUUGGAGCGUCAAAAGGCAGUAUUCUUCUCUUUAUCGCCCGAUGAAGCUGUACUAGUGCAAGCCAAACCACCUCAACCUGAUUCACAGUCGUCUAUAAAAGAAGAAGCAGUGCCAUCAUCUAGUCCUACGUCGUAAAUUUAUCUACCAAUUUGGUUCACUCAACAACGUGCGGAAUACAACCAUUGAUUUGUGAAUUUGUUCA